ACCGCAACCGGAAGUUGAUGACGUAAAGCUAACGAGCUAGCCUAGCAUCGAGUACACGGAAAUGGAGACGAAGAUGGACACUGGCACGGAGGUGUUUGUUUGCGCCCCGGGCCGCUUGCGGUUCUCCAAUUGUGUUUUUCCACAAGGUUCUUCGGUUCGAGAUGUUCUGCAGCGGUUCGUCCAACAAUGGGCUGCAUCGCCACAUGACUUCUACAUUAGCAGAGACGCUCACGUGUGCCGCCUCGACGACCACCUGCAGGGGGGCGCCGUCUAUCGGCUGGUGCCCCGCCUCCUUGGAGGCAAAGGAGGGUUCGGCUCGAUGCUGCGAGCUCUCGGUGCUCAAAUCGAGAAGACGACCAAUCGCGAGGCCUGCCGAGAUCUGAGCGGACGGCGUCUCCGAGACGUCAACCAUGAGAAAGAGAUGGGCGAGUGGCUGAAGCAGCAAGCGGAUCGGGAGGCAGAGAGAGAGCAGCGGCGCUCUGAGCGUCUGCAGAGGAAAAUGGCAGAACCCAAACAUCAGUUCAGCGACCCCGCCUACCAGCAGCAGUGCCACCGCUUGGCCGAGAGGCUCGAGGACUCCGUGCUCAAAGGUCUUCAGGCGGCAUCCAGUUCUCAGGUGACGGCCCCGAAGAGACCCGGCCCCGCCCGCUGCCAGCCUCCAAUCAAGAAGCAGAAGACGGCGGGGGCGUGUUUUUGGACCGGCGUGGACAAUCUGAGCUCAGAUGACGAUUACGACGAUGACGAUGAAGCGUCUGCAGACGAGCCGUCAUGUCACGCUGCCGUGAUGGGGCAGGAGGCGGAGCCUGCGACAAGCAACAGGACGCCCACCUCGCCCCCCCGGCUGGAAGUGCAAGUGGAGAAGAACACGCCCCCUGAGAAGGAGAGGGGCGUGGCAUCCAGCUGCUCACCUGGCCUGCAACACACCAACGUGGGAGAUGACGGCGACGCGGUGGAAUUGGCGGCCAGCGCGUCCGAUUUGGAGCGUCUGAAAGGGGAACCGACGGCUCGCGGGCUCAAGUGCGGCGGCACACUGAGCCAACACGCCCAGCGCCUCUUUGCGGUCACCGGGCUGAAGGACGAGCCCCACAGGGAGUGA